CCAUUGUUGAGGGUAUAUAAAUGCCAUAGCCCAGAAGUGACAUUCAAACUCAGAAUCGUCUCCUGUAACUCAGCUGAAUUCACAUCUCCAUCAACAUGUCCUACAACUGCUGCUCUGGGAACUUCUCCUCCCGCUCCCUUGGAGGCUACCUGCGUUACCCAGGCUCCUCCUGUGGCUCUUCCUACCCCAGCAACCUAGUCUACAGCACUGACCGCUGCUCCCCCAGCACAUGCCAGCUGGGCUCUUCUCUCUACAGUGGCUGUCAGGAGACAUACUGUGGGCCCAGCAGCUGCCAGACGUCCUGUGCGGUGUCCAGACCCUGCCAGACGUCCUGCUACCGCCCAAGGACCUCCACGCUCUGCAUUCCCUGCCCACCAACUUACACAGGGUCUCUGGGCUGUGGGUCCAGCAGCAGCUGCUCCCUGGGCUAUGGAUCCAGGAGCCGCUACUCCCUGAGCUGUGGUUCCAGUGGCUUCAGACCCCUGGGUUAUGGAGUCUGUGGCUUCCCUUCCCCGAGCUAUGGGUCUGGAUUCUACCGCCCAACCUACUUUGCCUCCAGGAGCUGCCAGUCAUCGUGUUAUAGACCAACCUGUGGAUCCAGUUUCUACUGA